GUUGCUUAUAAGAACGUGACAACAUCGACAAACACUAUGUGAAGACAACUGUCAGCAUCGACGAGCUCUGUUACGUUUUGGAAGUUUAUUACGAUGGCAGCGCAAGACGUGACCUAAGGUCUAUAAUCUACGCCAAACGAGCAUCAGUAGCAUUGCACCACCGAUCCUGCAACAAUGGCGGAGUCUGUCAAGGUGCUCGUAAGAUGUCGACCGAUGAACGGACGAGAGAAGAAGCUCGAUUGCGAGGUCGUCGUCUUCAUGGACGACAGCGUCAUGCAAGUCUCCAUCAUCAACCCCGGGGAUAAGAACGCACCGCCCAAGACGUUCACCUUUGACGGCGUAUACUACAUGGACUCCAUCACGGAGAACAUCUACAAGGACAUGGCCUACCCGCUAGUUGAGGGCACGCUGGAGGGCUACAACGGCACCAUCUUCGCCUACGGCCAGACCGGCUGCGGCAAGUCCUUCUCCAUGCAGGGCAUCCCCGACCCGCCCACGCAGCUGGGGCUCAUCCCACGAGCUUUUGAGCACGUGUUUGAUGUCAUCAGCACGUCCACCGAGACCAAAUACCUGGUUCACGGUUCGUACCUCGAAAUCUACAACGAGGAGAUCCGCGACCUGCUGGGCAACGACCCCAAGAAGAAGAUUGAGCUGAAGGAGCACCCGGAGAAGGGCGUCUACGUGCAGGACCUCAGCCGGCAGCCGUGCCACAACAAGGACGACUGCGACAUGCUCAUGCAGAAGGGCUGGAACAACCGCUCCACCGGCGAGACGCUGAUGAACAAGGACUCGUCGCGCUCGCAUUCCAUCUUCACCAUCUUCUUGGAGAUGAUCACGCCGGCGAAGAAGGGGAAGGACCAGCUGCGUGCCGGCAAGCUCAACCUGGUCGACCUGGCUGGCUCGGAGCGGCAGGCCAAGACAGGCGCGACUGGGGACCGGCUGAAGGAGGCCACCAAGAUUAACCUCUCGUUGUCGGCGCUGGGCAACGUCAUCUCGGCGCUGGUGGACGGCAAGAGCAAGCACAUACCCUACCGGGACUCCAAACUCACCCGACUACUACAGGACUCGCUCGGCGGCAACACCAAGACCAUGAUGGUGGCCUGCCUCUCGCCGGCCGACAACAACUAUGACGAGACGCUGAGCACGCUACGCUACGCCAACCGCGCCAAGCAGAUCAAGAACAAGCCCAAGAUCAACGAGGACCCCAAGGACACGCUGCUCAGGGAGUACCAGGACGAGAUUCGCAAGCUACGGGAGCAACUUGGAGACGGUGGUGCGCCGGCGCCCGCCCAGCUUGAGAAAGUUGUGGACGAGGAAGCUGUUGCCAAAGAAAGGGAGAGGCUAAAAGCCGAGUAUGAAGAGGAAAUGAAGAAAAUGCGUAAAGAGCUGGAGGCUCAGAAGAGGUUAGGAGAAUCCACCGGAGGCCAAAACAAAAAGAAGCUAGAAAAAGAAGCAGAGAAAAUCAGACAGGAGUUCUUGGAGCGGGAAAAGAGGCUUAAGGAAGAGCUGGAACACCAGAGAUCCCUGCUGACCGGCGGCGCCAUUCCAGACAACGUCGAUCCGGAGAUAUACGAGAAACUGAAGACGCUGCAGAAUCAGAUGGUGGGUGGAGAGCAGGCCAACAACCAGCAGGCCGUACAGAAGCGCAAGAAGGUCAGCGAGGAGGUGCAGCGACGUCGCAAGGAGAUCGCCAAGGCGGUGGGUCGCGGCGCGGCCGAGGGUGAGGACGACGACGAGAUCCUGGUCAAGGCCUACGAUGACGUCCAGGCCACGCUCAAGGCACGCACCGAGCUCGCCAAGAAGAUGAAAGUCCGGUUGCGGGCACAGGAGGAGGAGAUCCGCGACAUCCAGCGGGAGUUCGCCACAGAGCGCGACGACUACCUCGAGACGAUCCGGCGUCAGGACCAGCAGCUGAAGCUGUUGCAGCAACUGAUGGAACGCGUGCAGCCCACCAUCCGCAAGGAUUGCAACUAUGCCGACGUCGAGGCCAUCAAAAAGCAGGCGGUGUGGGACGAGAUCGACCAGCGCUGGCGGCUGCCCGAUGUCCAGGUGGUCAAGACCAAGCUGCCGCCCGCCGGCCCCUCCGGUGUGCUGGGCGGCCCCGGUCUGAGCAGCUUCAAGGGACCGGGACAGAGCGGCGGCCGCGCGCCCUCGCAGACGGCGCCGGCUCGACUCGGCAUCGCAUGGGACAGCGAGGAGGAGGACAAGUUCCUCAAGCGGUUGGAACGCAGUGCUGAGGAGAAUGUCGCUGGACAGUAUUUCAAACCCUGCUGGAAACCGGCAAGCAGAAAUAUUGUUCAAAACUCAGCAAACAGCGGAGAAGAAGCGGCCAAACUUAACCAAGCUCGCCUCUGGUGCGUGUCCCCUGACGACGGCCAGUGCCGUGACAGCUCGCCCAUGAUGUGUUGA